AUGGGCAGCAGUAGCACCAGGGCGAUUGGUUUGGUGGUCUUGGUUUUGUUAAUGGUGGACUUAACUCUUGCCGCUAGAUCUCUUAGGGGCUAUGGAGGCGGUACUGGCGGCGGAGGAGGGGGUGGUGAAGGCUUCGGACCCUCAGGUUCCGGGUAUGGUUCCGGUUAUGGAUCGGGCUAUGGUUCAGGAUUUGGAGAUGAAGCCUAUGAGCCAUAUGAGCCCUACGGUCCGUAUGGCCCAUAUGGAAGUGGUGGUGGUGGGGGUGGCGGAGGAGGCGGCGGCGGAGGUGGAGGUGCAACCGGGGCUGGGUACGGUCGUGGGUUUGGGUCUGGGUACGGGUCUGGUGGUGGGAUAGGACGUGGGGGAGGAGGUGGUGGUGGAGGUGGCAGAGGUGGAGGAGGAGGUGGAGGCUCGGGAACUGGAAGUGGAUCGGGAUAUGGCUCAGGGUACGGAAGUGGGGGAGGUUAUGGAAACGGAAGGGGUAGGGGCGGUGGUGGCGGUGGCGGUGGCGUGGUGGUGGGAUAG